UAACAGAGACCUGGUGAGAGGUUUCUCUCCAAACUUGUUCCCUGGCUUCCAAGUGACGAAAUGAGCUGUAAUUUGAGAGCAGAGAGAUCCUCAGGAUAUCUGUAGCCAAAGGAAAAGCUCCACAUUCCCACCCAGUCCAGGAAUUGAAAUAGCAUCAGAGGGCAGGAGCCUUUCUCUGCAGCUACACGCUCGCUCCAUCUCCCAGGAGCAAGGGGGACUCGGAGAGUCGGGUAGCAGCGCCAGCGUCCUGCCUGCAGGAGGGGUCCCGCCCUCGCCUGCAAAUCGGCUCCGGGACAGCCCGCGCGGGGGUUGCAGCAGGGCAGCCGGCGCACAGCGAGGUGCACCCUGCGCGCUGCGGCACAGCCACAUGAAGCCUGCUGGGGAGCGGGGGCCAGGGUGCAGCCAGCCGGCCAGGACAGAGGCGGACGCCGCCGUCUCAGGGGGGCACUGACUCCCAGGGAGACCCCCUUCCUUGUGCCUGGGCGGACAGUCUUCUCCUGGGGUCCCCGGUCAUCCCGAAUGUCCAGAAUGGUGUUCCUGAAGUUCCUCUGGAUGAGUUUCUUCUGCUACCUGUGUCAGGGCUACUUCGACGGCCCCCUGUACCCGGAGAUGUCCAAUGGGACUCUGCACCACUACUUCGUGCCCGAUGGGGACUAUGAGGAGAACGAUGACCCCGAGAAGUGCCAGCUGCUCUUCAGGGUGAGUGACCACCGGCGCUGCUCCCAGGGGGAGGGGAGCCAGGCGAGUAGCCUGGUGAGCCUCACGCUCCGGGAGGAGUUCACCGUGCUGGGCCGCCAGGUGGAGGAUGCCGGGCGCGUGCUGGAGGGCAUCAGCAAGAGCAUCUCCUACGACCUGGACGGGGAGGAGAGCUACGGCAAAUACCUGCGGCGCGAGUCUCACCAGAUCGGGGACGCCUACUCCAACUCCGACAAGUCCCUCACUGAGCUGGAGAGCAAGUUCAAGCAGGGCCAGGAACAGGACAGUCGGCAGGACAGCAGGCUGAACGAGGACUUCCAGGGGAUGCUGGUCCACACCAAGUCCCUGCUGAAGGAGACGCUGGACAUUUCUGUGGGGCUCAGGGACAAAUACGAGCUGCUGGCCCUCACCAUCAGGAGCCAUGGGACCCGGCUGGGUCGGCUGAAAAAUGACUAUCUUAAAGUAUAGGAGGAAGGGCACAGAUGUGAGGGAGAGGGGAUCGAAUCAGCCUCACUGCGGAGGGUGGGAGAUAGAAAAUGGGGCUACAUUUCCCUUAUACCUAGUUUUUUUGUUUUUGUUUUUGUUUUUAAUAUCCAGAUUUGCACUUUGAGAAUGAAUCUGAGGUCAUCUUUAAAAAGAAAGAAAAAGUUUAGAGUUGAGUAAUAUUGUUUUUUGGUUUUGUUUUUGUACAUUAUUUAUGUGAUUGUUAUGGCUAUAUCACCUGGAAAGACCAAUUGCCAUUCCUAGAGGGCUUUAUAACUCUGCAGAGAUACUUGUUUCAGCCACAUCUAUAAGGACUCAGUUUAUGUGGUAGGGACUGAUUAAGCUUCUCCAUCUGGAGAUUAUGUGGAAAUAGCCAAAGAUUAUAAUGCGUAGCUCCUUUCGGCCUCCAGCCUUCUCUCUUGGGCUCUGAAAGCUGUCAGAGUUGCCUGUUUUUCAAAUGAGGUCCAAGGUGCUGCUCCGUGUGCCUGCCAGCUCAUGGCAGUAGCUUGUUUCUUCUCCUUUUCUCUCUUAUUUAUUAACCAUGGUCAGAGAGUUGGGUUUUUCUUUUUUUCUUUUCUUUUAAAGUAUUGUCAAGAAACUAUAUGCAAAUCGUCCUUUGCAAGGAGAUUUCUGAAGUGCUUCUGUGCCUAUGUGUAAGUUAAAGUGACCCCAUGUAAGAAGUUCAAGCUUUGCAGUGGUUGCACACUCGAGUGGAUGUGCCGAUUCUCUAUGCCUCUUAUUGUAUGUCUAUGCUUUGUCAUCAGUGCUACAGUAAAUUACAGAGAAGUAGAUAGAUUGCUUAAACAUAUCCCCAAAUACCUAUGAUUUAGAGUUCCAAUGUAUUCUUUCUCAUAUGGGGGUUUUGCUUCUGUUGGCUUAUUAGAAACUUGUACUUCAAGUAGGGAGAAUUCUAAUUCUAGUAACUCCUUAGCUAAGUUUUAUUAUGCAGACAAUAAAUAUGUUUUCAUAUAAUACUGGCUUAUUUUCUAAUUUACCUCUGUAACUUUCAUAUUUCCAAAAGGGACUAAUGCCAAAGGAGAGAUAAGGAUGGGAUUUAAGCCAGUUUACUUAGAGUAUAUGAUAAAGAAGGCAGAAGGAUAGCUACAUAUUUGGCAAUUUUCCUCUCCCCAGCCACCUUUACUAUUCUCAAAAGAAAAAAAAAAUCUAACCUGUGCCAGAACUUUAAAUUUGAUCUCUAUUGGUGUGCUUAAAAAUUCCCAUUUUCUCUAGUUUUUCUCCAUAGACUCACCUGGACAAGUUUAUGACAAAGCUCAUACCUGAUAUGCCCUCAUCCUGCAGAGAAGACAGUCUAUUCUACGUUAUGAGAACUACAAUGAUGCUUAAUAAUUUUAAAUCCAGGUCAACAUUAUUUAAUUAAUGGCUUAAAAAGUUGGAAAUGUACUUUAAUUCAUGUCUUGCCCUAGCCAGUCCUCACUCUUACCUUAAAUUUGCUUUUUAUUCACAUAGAUGCACGCAAAUACACACACACACACACACACACACACACACGAGAAAAUAAAUAAAUCUUCACAUUCUGGUCAACAAAAUCCAUUUUUUGUUUCCCAUACAUGAGGGAGCAAGGUUCCUAUUCCUAUGAAGUAUCCAAUGUUCUCUGGUAACAAUAGAGGAAAGCGAGGCCCAAAAUGGCUAAGUGACAUCCUCAGCUGGUUGCAACAGCCCCAGGUCUCUUGAAUUUAAGGCAGGACUUUCCCCAAAACUGUUCUUUUUCAAGGAUACUGAGAGAUGAGAGAGAGAGGCCUGAACCUUUGCUUAACUACCUAUUGUUUAAAAUAAAAAAAAAAAAACAAUGUAUGGAAUAAUAUUUAAAAUCAUUCAUAAUUUCUUUAGCUGCCUUCUAGAUUUAUAUGUGGGAAGAAGGUCACUUAAAAGUUUCUUUCUUUAUUCUAAAAAUGUGAAGAAAAA